AGCAAUGGCUGCUGCUGUCUUUGCGUUUCACUUUAUCGUCAGUGUUCAGAAAGCUUGAUGUGAUUGACAGUUAACGGACUUCUCAUUUGAAUGAUUGACAGUUAACUGACUUCUCAUUUGAAUGUGGCGCCGGCGGUCAUGGUCAGCGGUUAAGAACUUCCUUCAGGUGGACCACAGGGCAUCCUGAGCUGGCAUGGGUCUCCUGCGCCUGCUGUCAAUCACUUUCAGGUCCUAUCAGGUCAUGUUGUUGUUCGCCGCAGCUCUGGCAGUGGUGGCGUUCUACUACUUCGGCUCAGAAAAGCAAAACUUCUCCAGCACCACAAAACGCAUCAAGGAGACGCAAGCGAGCCAAAACACCAACCGUGAUGAUGCAGAUCUGUCUGUAGACAUCAGGUCUGGUCAUCCGGAGAGCCGGAGAGGAACCGGAGAUGACGUGGAGGGGCAGACGUUGAGACUGAAGCGCUUUCAUGCUCUCAUGAUGUUCACAAAGGUUGACAAGAACAUGAACCUGCAGAAGAAGUUUCAGGUGGCCAUGCGCUCUAUGGCCAAACACGGACGUUUCCUGGAGGAUGAGGUGCUGGUUCUUCACUACGUUUCUGAUGCAGGCAGUCAGGAGCUGGGCGAGACAAGACUUCACGAACUUCUCCUGGAUGCCACCUUUCAUUACGAGGUCGUGUUCCACAAUGUGGACGUGCUCACGGAGAAGUUAUUCCCCAUUGUGGAGGCCAUGCAGAAACACUUCAGCGCGGGCUCCGGUGCAUACUACAGUGACGCCAUCUUCUUCCUGUCUGUGGCGCUGCAUCGCAUCAUGCCUGCAGAACUGAAACGCAUUGUGCAGUUGGACCUGGACCUCAAAUUCAGGAGCAACAUCAGAGAUCUCUUCCAAGAGUUUAGCCGCUUCCCUCCCGAGGCCAUCAUUGGAAUCACUAGAGAGAUGCAGCCGGUGUACAGGCAUACGUUCUGGCAGUACCGCAAAGAAAAUCCUAAGUCCCGUGUAGGAGACCCUCCACCAGAUGGUUUGCCCGGCUUCAACAGUGGAGUAAUGCUUCUGGAUCUUGAUGCCAUGCGUCGCUCCACCUUAUACAAUCAGCUGCUGGAGCCCGAGCGUGUGACACGACUUGCGGAGAAGUACCACUUCCGAGGGCACCUGGGCGAUCAGGAUUUCUUCACCAUGAUCGGGAUGGAGCACGGGGAAUUGUUUUACCCGCUGGCCUGCGGGUGGAACCGACAGCUCUGUACCUGGUGGAGGGAACAUGGGUACGGAGACAUAUUCCAGCUCUACUACCAUUGUGACGGACUGGUCCAUAUCUACCACGGUAACUGCAACACUCCCAUACCUGAUGACUGAAUGAUGAAGGGGGUCUCUGAGUUUUUACUGUGCAUCUUAAAUCGAGUGGACCAUACCAAGGCAGAAGGGACCCAUUACUGAUAGUGUAGCUGGACGCGCACUUAUUUACACCUUUGGGUUACCUUUCAGUCCUUUAACACCAAUGGUUGAUAAUCAAAUUUUCACAAAAAUGUUUUCAAUGAUUCAUCAGUGGAAUGAUCCAAAACACUUAAAACAACUACACAAACCAUUAAAGAGACAGUACGUCUAUUCCUCAUAAUCUCGUUUUCAUUCUCGUCAAAAAUGAAAGAUGGCACUGCUGUGAAUAAGGUCCAUUCUCUUCACUACAUUCCUCCUUAAUGUCUGCGUAACACUUAAUGUACGCUUAAUGUUUUAAUGCAGUGGUGAUGAGAAGAGAAUUAAAGGCAUCAGUCAUUUCUGGACCGCCUCAGUGAUGGGUGAUGUACAGCUGUAUCAGUAAAUCUCAGCCUCAACAAUGUCCAGAUUUCAUCUAGAAUAUCUCAUCUUGAGGAGAACAUUGUGCCUGAGGAUUGACACUAACUGUUGUGUUUGGCUGGCACGUAUCCGGGAUUCAGUGAAAUAUCAUGUAAUAACUUCAGAGAGCUCCGUCACCUCUGCGCUGCUUUUGUAAUGAGCUGAGAGAUCCCGCUGCACUGAUAUUAUGAAGUUAAGAACGGCACGUCUGUAGGAUUUUCAGUUCAUUUGUUUUUUUCAGUCGUUUUUUUGUCUCCGACUCAUUAAUAGUAGUAACCUUGAUAAACUGACGUAGUCCUACUUUUUUAUUGUUGUUGCUUGUAAUUGGAUUACAUUUAUAUGAUCGUAGGUGUUGUUUGUCUUUGUUGUGUUGAUUUUAUUUGUGCUUUUGUCUCAAAUGAACCACUCAGGGAAGUCUAAAGGAACAAAACAAGAUGGUAACGAAUCAUUUAAUAUAUCCUCCCGAAAACAGUUGCACUCUAAAUGAACACCUGUUAAUCCUUUUUCCUAGAAUAUCCAAUGUUGUGUCAUAUGUAUGUACGUGUCAAAGGAACUGAAUGUAUUAAAGCCAAUGAACAGCAUUUCAGAAGUGAAGGGAAACAAAAUUCUUUCAUGUAUAUUUGUGUAUUAACACUUAGAAUAAAAUUCCUUGUUUGCCAUCAUUCUUUAAUGUUUCUCUUUCGUCAUGUAUUAAAGAAUGAGUG